UCAUUCAAUCAUCUGGCUUUAAUUGUGAGCUGGAAGAUAUUGGCAUUGAUUAUUUAAAUCAAUUAUGUUCCAUAUUUUUCUUUGAAAAGAUUGAACAUCACGACAAUUUAUCAAAUAUGUGUAGAAUGCCUGAGAUCAUUCAUGAUCUCGCAGUAUUUAUGGCAAAUGGAGAAUGCUUAAGUACAACAAAUUAUCGUUCUGGACCGAUUUCUGAUAAGGUUAAGCAUGUAUCAGUUCAUGAUUGUUCAGGGGAAGAAGUGACAAAGUCAUUGUUUGAACUAGAGAAUCUGAGGACUAUUGUCUUUCCAUUUCUAGGACCAGGAGCUGGUGACCAAGGCUUUGUUGACAGAUGCAUCUCAAAGUUCAAGUAUCUGUAUGUGCUUGAUUUGAGUAACUCAUGUUUUCAGGUAUUGCCACAUUCCAUUGGUAAUUUGAAGCAUUUGAGAUUUUUGGACAUCAGUGGGAAUGCAAAUAUCGAGACACUCCCUGAUGCCAUUUGCAAACUGUUUAAUUUGCAAACUUUGAGAAUCUGGUAUUGUGUGAAAAUUCGAAAGUUACCCAAACACAUAGGGAACUUAAUCUGUCUUAGGCAUUUGUACUUAACCACACAACAAUGUUAUUUGCCAGAGAAACAAAUUCGACGCUUGACCUCUCUCCGAUCCUUUCAGAUUACAGGAUGUGGAAACCUUAAAUCUUUGCCUGAAGGAAUGCAACUCCUCGUCAAACUAAAAACAGUGACUAUUGCAGCGUGUCCCAAUUUGACCUCUCUGCCUAGUACCAUGAAGAACCUAGCCAAGUUGAGGAAUCUUGAGAUUAGUAAUUGUCCGAAUCUUGACUUGGCAGGGUGGGAGGACUUUAGUGGCCUUAGGAGGCUUCAAUAAAUUGAAGGGCACCAAAAUUUUAUGACCUUGUGGCUCUACCAGUGCAUGUAAUGGAAAUUUCAUAUCAGUAAGAGAACCGUGAAGUGUGAAGUGACGGGCGUUCGAUGGAAAACCAACCGAUGAAUGGCUUGUAUCUAAAGGGGAGGAGGAAGGAGUUGUUAUCUCCAUCAGAAGCCCUUGAACUUAGCUGCAUUUAGAAUUAUGCUAUUAAUGUUGUUUUGUUGGGUAUGUUAUCUAUGUAAUGUUCUUGUGGAAUACUUUUCUAAACUCUGUGUUUCUCAUUAUUGUUGUUAUAUAUCUACUGUUUUUUAGUAAAUGUCCCUAAUGGCUUUGAAUUGUCCCA